AACGAACGUAUGGCAGAAGGGUUCUUAAUUUGUCUGUCAACGAGUGGCCAAUUCGCCACUGUUUUCUCAUCUUCAAGGCACCGAGAAUGUAACGAGUACGUGGUUAACGACUAUGUGCUCAUCAACGACACAACAAUUUCAACAAGUUGUGAAACAUUUAGUUUACGCGUAAUUGGCAACUUCGUUUUUUUUUUUAUUGUUUUAAAUGGUAUGGUGAAGUCUGUGUCAGAUCUUUUAUAGGAGGCUCUUCAAGUCCUUUAAAACUUCUGAAACUUUUCUUUGAGAAGAAAGUGACAAAUCUGACAAAGAACUCGACUAGAUGAAAUAAAUAGCACAAUUGGGUGACAAUUGGAAACUAUUAUAAAAUAAAAACUAUCUCGCUAAUGCCGCCACACUAGUUGUGGCUUAGCAAUCUAGAAGAAAAUUUCAAAAAAUUAAGCAGCGCUUCACGAUGCAGAUAUCGAGCCACUAUCAACUCAUCGGAAACUCUUAAAUUUAUUACGAAAAUUUCAUCAACACGGUCAUCGGCAACAGGUACUCGGGCGUGAGACCCGAUCGAGCUUGUAAUCAGUUUGCGGAAAUCCUCAGUUUGGUCCGUAACUUUAUGGCUGAUGAUCGCUCAUCCCUGGCGCCGCAAUGAGCCCGACCGACCGCGAAUACGUACUUUAUACCAAUGGAUGACGCAGAGACUAAUUGUUAACUACAGCGAGUUAUUAUCAGCUGUACGAUAUAUGGUAUGCUUCGUGUUAACGCGUCGCGUGCGGCCAAGUGCUCGAUCGCGGUUUUCACGCGAAAAGUUGCCGCGAUUGAGACCCACACACACACACACACACACACAUACACAUACACACGCACAUGCACCAUACAUACGCAAUACACGUAGACAAGUGUAUACGCCGCACUCGGCAGAGAGAAUCUUGUUAAACGCGCACAUUAACGAGAGUGACAUGUGUCUCAUCCGAGGCUGCAGUUAGCGAUUUUACGCGCACCGUGAUUUCGCGCCCCCAUUCCUUCAUUUCAUUAUGUUGCGCCCGUGUAAUGAAAUUAAAGCGCAGUCAAUCUGGUCCCCUCAAUAAAAUCGCACGCGGAUUAUUUCGACAUUGAACCUUUUUAUUUCCGAUCGCCGGGGAUUGAAUGUUACUUAACUCUGCGAUAUCGCAUUUAUCAGUCCUUCCACUUCCACUUCGCGUGAGCACUACAAAAAAAAACGCGUAAUCCGCGUAUGAUUCAUUCAAUGAAAAAUUCGUCGAAGAGAGAGAAAUUGUAUAAAUAUUUCCAAUUAAUAUUACGCGUGAUUGAAAUGGUGAAGCGGCAUAUUUUUUAUAUUUGAGAGACCGACGGUGGAAUAAUUUAAUUUAUGAGAAAACAGUGAAAAAGAGAUUAAACGCGGACACUAUCGUUACUUUCGACGGAAUUAAACGAAACAGGCAUAAUAGCGGGUAAUGCGCUUGUAAGAGACCACUCUUUUACACGCGUGAUACAGUAAACAAUGAAGUGCGAAAGGAAAAUAUUUCACCAGAUGCAACCUCGCUAUUUCAUCCUCUCAUUUUUUCGCUCCUCUCAUAUCAUUUUCCUAUUAACAUGAUAUAAUAAUGACUCUCUCUCUCUAUUUCUCUCUCAGGCACGUUUUCAUCCCCUGAUACAUUUAAUAGCUGCGCAUCCUCACUCUUUGUUCAUCCAUCCUCUGACACUAACAAACACAGCGAAUCCGAUGAUCAGGAAAUUAUCCGCUUUUCUAACACGCAAAUUCAUUGCGUCGGUGAACAAUCAGCGCUGCUGACAUGUACGUAUAUAACUACGCGCGUACAAAGGACUCCAUUAAAAUGCGAUGACUCAAACGAUGAAUUAAAGAAUCAAUUAAUAAAUCAGAAGGCCUGUUACCCGUGAUAACGGGAUAUUGCGAGAAAUCCAACUACGCUAACAUUCGAAAUGGAACGAAAGAGAAAGCUCGUAGACAUUAUGCCACAUUAUUACGACAUUUCAUCACCGAUCGCGUGCUCAGUCCUGUGAGAAAAAUUGCCGAACCCCUGACAGAACUGUUCCCGCCCUUCCAUUCACGCGUCGCGACUUAAUGCCGGAUUCCUGUGUUAGUGCCGAAUUAUCGAUCUUAUUCCACCGCACGCGGUUCAGUUCUCUCUCCUGCGGCUUAGGUAAAUACAUCUUAUCGCGCCGUUACUUCGUGGUUACUUUGUUCUUCGCGGCCUGGCACACUCCGCCUGCUCAGUUUAUUAACCCUUUGACCACCAAUAUAUACUCGGACCACUCGUCGGAGGUGGACGAUUGAUUAAAAUUCACGUUCGAUUGAACAGCGUCGCAGGCUUGAUAAAACCCGACCAGCAAAAGUUGAUAAAUGACGGAUUAUUGUGAAAGAGAAAGAGAUCCAUUCUCGGAGGAAGAAUUAUGAUAGAUCUCUCAGCAUUGGAAUUCGAGAAGAAUGCGUAACUUACGAUUGACUCUCACAUUUACGAGCUCUAAUAUUCCAAGAUAUCUACCCCUUGCGCUAAUAAGCACGUUUGCUUCUUUUGCGCUUACGAGAUAUAUCUGUUUAUAAAUAAGGUACGUAGUAACAACUUUGGAAUGUUCCCCGUUAAAAGUUUCUUCGACGAGACGAGGCUUGAUACUUCCAGAUGCUUAGACACGAGCUUAGAGUAAGUCGUCGCGGGGAUCAAUACCGCAAAUUUCAUGGGCCUGAUAACGACACAAGUCGUGCGAAAUUGCGUGCGGAAGCAAAUACAGCCGAUUUCGUCGUAACGAAGCAACUGAGGGAGUAGUUGGAGUCACGAUAUAGGCGGGCAAAGAUGUGCGAAGUUGCGGUCAGUGAAAAAAGUCGAAGGUGGACGGACCAAGUACAAGAUAAGGCAAAAAUACAGACAGCGAGGGGAGAGAGAAGGAGAGAGACAGAGACAUAGACGGAAACAGAAGUAAGACGACGGCAAGAAAUCCUACCGAGUGCUGGCUGGCUAGCUGGACUACGUUCAAAGUGCGGACGAGAAGUAUAAACGUGAACGGACGAGUUGAACGAUAUCGAGGCGAUAUCGAGAGAUACCACGAUGGCGGACGAGAUAGCGACUGAUACGCGAAGAUAAGCGGGCGGAAAGAUACUCUGGUCGAGUCCGAAACGGGAAGGCGCUCGAGGAAGUCACGUUCGAUCGCCGUUCGUGCGAGAGGGAGAUCCCGUCGACGCCGCACUUCCGGUCAUCCGGAUUGUCAGUCUUCGGUGGAUAACACGGAAGACCUCAGCGGCCGCUUUUGCGAACUCGUGAACAAUCGGACGCCGCUGUUUGACGUUCAGCUUAAGAUCGGAUCCUUCGCACAAUCGAACCGGAAGUUGCGAUGGUGUCGAAGAGGGGCAGCUCGCGGCCGAGGAUGAUCAGAAUAGGGAACGAGGAGCACCAGACUCUGCGAUUUUCCCAGCGGGGGCACGACUCGUGUGGCCACGGCACUGCUUAUUGAUCUCACUAAAGGGCGAAAGGAUGAGGUUCAGCUACACGAUCGAUGAUUCGCGGAAAAGAUAUCCAGAAAUCACAGAUGAGCUCUUGGAGAGUCUGCAAGAGUGGGCGAAAGAUCACAGUCUCUCGAAAAUCCCUGAGGAACAGUUGGCGUUAUUCGCGCACAGUUGUUACUUCGACUUGGAAGCCACCAAGCGAUGUAUGGAUGUUUAUUAUAGGAUGCGGGCCACGACACCAGAAUUCUUUCGCGACAGGGAUUCCAGGCUCCAAUAUAUGCAGCACUCCUUAAGAGCUCUGGAGUUCGUGGCGCUUCCGAAGCCAGAUCGAAACGGCAACCAAAUAAUUUUUCAUCGACUUGCGGAUACACGGCCGUCCCAGUACAUGUUGAACGAUGGUAUCAAGCUGCUGCUGAUGUCCGUCGAUGGGAGCCUCAAUACGAAUGGUUGCUCGCCAGGGUACAUCUUUCUUUUCGACAUGCAGGGCGUGGGACUCGGGCAUUUAACCAGAUUGUCGAUAAGUAGUAUUCGAAAAUUCUUGGAGUAUCUUCAGGACGGUCUGCCGGUCAGACUGAAGGCCAUACACAUAUUGAACGUCGUCUGGUUCAUGGACAAGAUCCUCGCGCUCCUCAGACCCUUCAUGAAGCGAGAGUUCUACGAAUUGCUGCAUCUUCACACCGGCGACGUUUCUGACGUCUAUUCCUAUAUCCCGCCCGAGUGCCUGCCGAAGGACUUUGGUGGAGAACUAGAUUGCGUCGCGAGUCUUCAUGAAGCACACUGUGAGAAGUUGGAUCAAUUACGGGAUUAUUUCCUAGAAGAAGAAGCUCGGUUUCAUAAUUAUUCGCCUAAUAAAACGAGUGAUCAAAGAAGUGUGUACAACCAGAAUCUGAUGGAACAGAAUGGCAAUAAUAGUUGACAUAACGAAUACUAUACUAAUUAAUAUAGUUAUAUAGUUAUAAUAGUUGAAUACUACAAGCUAUUCAAUGCAUAAUAUACAAGUGAAUAAAAAUGCAAUCGUGACGUU